GAGCCUUUUUACGCUUGGACUCAGGGCCCGGAAGUGGCGAGGACGGGGGUUAGCGCUGCGGGGUGAAAUCGGCCAGCCAGAGAAGAUGCUGCUGGACCUGUCGGAGGAGCACAAGGAGCACCUGGCCUUCCUGCCGCAAGUGGACAGCGCGGUGGUCGCUGAGUUUGGGCGAAUUGCGGUGGAGUUCCUGAGGCGUGGCUCUAACCCCAAGAUCUACGAAGGCGCUGCGAGUAAGAAGGGGGGAGGCACAGCGCUGAAAACUGCGCGGAGAAGAAAACUCAGCGUGAGUAGUGACACUGUCCAACAUGGUGUGGAAGGAUUAAUACACCUCCUCACUGAAAGUUCAAAGCUCAUGAUUUCUGAACUGGAUUUCCAAGACUCUGUUUUUGUUCUUGGAUUCUCUGAAGAAUUGAACAAAUUGUUGCUUCAGCUUUAUCUGGACAACAGAAAAGAGAUCAGAACUAUCCUGAGUGAAUUGGCACCAGACCUUCCCAGUUACCACAGCCUUGAAUGGCGACUAGAUGUACAGGAGAGCCCAGCAGGAAACAGAGGCCAGUGGAAGAAAAGCACAAUUGAUAUUGCCACCCAUCAUCCCCCUGCAGGCAUCUGGGUCACCCUUUUCCCAUACAUAUAUGUUCUGCAGUUGCAAAAUAACUAUAAUAUCAGAUAUUAGCAAACUAUAAUCAGAUAAUUUUUAAUUAUAGUGAUAACUUGAUUAAUGAAGCUUUCAUAUUAACAACCUCACAAACAAAAGGAAACUUUAUAUAUUACAUGAAAUAGUAGCAUAUGUCAUCAGGUUUAAAAGCAACAUGCCUGCCAAGCUUAUAUGAUGAAAAUAGCUCUGUGAGGCUUCUUAUUUGUCCGCAUUUGGUGGGAGAUAAGCAGGGCUGACUCCAGCCAAGAUUGAAGUAAUAUCCCUGUGUCUCCUUAGGGCAACCUUUCUUCUUCCUCUGUAUCCACUGUUCUUACCCCAAGCAAAACAACAAAGCACAUGUUAGUCUUUUUUUAUUUGUAUCAAACUCCCCUGGUCUCCUUUGGCUGUACUUUGUUAUUCUUUCUGAUGUUCUGCCUUUUUUGCCUUUUUGGGCCAGAGUGUUGGGAGCAGUCUCCUAACUUCCUUUUGAAUCUGGGACUCACCUUUUUUUCACAGACCAUCUAAUGAGCCUCUUCCUUUUCUUGUUUGGACACUCCACACCCUUAUGCAUUCCUCUGCCUUGUUUGUUUUAUGGCACAUUUGAUUUUUUUGUAACUUGUAUAUGAACAUAUUUUCUGCAGAUGCAGUCACUAUUCUACUCUCCUAUAUGACCAGGUUUCUUGACUCUGGGAUGUGCCUUUCCAUCUGUAACUGUCUAAAUGUUUGUUAAAACAUUUUGGAUUAUGAGUAUGCUGAUUUUUUAGGAUUUUCUGAUGCAUGUUUAGACAAGUGUAACAGCUUUUAUGUCUCAAAGCCAGAAUAGUAACAUCUCGUCUCUCAGAACAGAGCUGUGAGUAGGAAAUAAUCAAUAUGUAUAAUCGCAAAGUCUACAUAUACUUCACCCACUGGAAGUCUCUUUUGUGUUUCACAAAAUUCCAUGAGCUUGUUUUGUUAUUGAUGUUUCCAAGCUUAGGUAAAUAUAAAGCAGCAAACUAGAAAAGUGGUGGGGAUACCAUAAGAAGAAAAUAUACUUCUUUGAAAACUGAAAAGUGAGAACCUGAUACCAAGGAAAGUUUGAAAAAUCAUUAAGUAUGUGUAAGGGAUGCAUGUGUGGGAGCCCUUAAAAUUUAUAGCAGUAUGUGGCCCUUUAGUAUAUAAUCCUAUGAGAAGGUUAAGAGGUCAGUCUUUGGAACUGGACAAAAGGGUUUGAAUUUUAGGCUCUGUGGCUUCUUUGGGGUCCUUGAUAAAUUCCCAAAGCCUUGUUUUCUUCAUCUUUAAAAUAGGAGUAAUAACACCUAUCUCAUUGGCUUGUAGAGACCAAGUGAGACCACAUAUAUAGAAUGUUUAGCAUAGUAUUGGGCUUUAGAAAAUACUUGUGUAGACUGAGGAUCUCAUUAUUUUGUAGCCUUGAAUUCUGUCUCAUAUACUCUAUUUAAGAAAGAAAAUGUUACCUGAUUUCUAUACUGAGUUUGAAUAACUCAUAUUUAAAAAAAUUUUUUGAAGUCUAAAAGAAGAAAAAAGAUCAGGGAAUUUAAAUACAUUUUUAGUAGUACCUUUAUCGAAAAUUUUAAUUCUUAGAAUGAUAUAACUCUCCAGAAAACUCAGCUAUUCAAAACUGCCUAGUCCCCAUAGGACUCAGGUAGACAAGCUGAGGGUUUUACCUAUAGGCUUGGUCUAGAGUCCCUUUUUUCUGUCUUUUUUUCUCCACACCAGUGAAAGAAGCAUGGGAAUCUCAAGAUACUAGCUAAGCCAGGUCUCUUUUUAUAGGUAAUAUAUCUAAAUGGAGUUGUUUUUAAUCUCCAGGAGAAAACACAUAAUACUUCUUUGUAGUUUCUCACAGCCUUCAUGGUCAGGAAGAUCUGUUAGCUGCUGUAUAAAAUCUUCCUGCUAUAAUGUAUGCACUCUUCUCUGUACUUUUUUAAUAUAUGUUUAAGUCUCUCUUUAGCUUACCCUUCCACAGUUUCCAUAGUAAUAGGUUACUGUCAUCCCUUUUCCUUUCUUUCAUUAAUGGUAGAAAAUAUUUUGGUAAAAAUGGUAUCAUACUACAUUGCCUCUAGUUUAAAUAUAUUCGUUUUUAAAACCACCAUGACCGUUAUGUUCAAACCUAAAUACUUUCCUUAAAAACAAAACAAGCAAGCCCAGCUUCACCAUUAAUGUGGUUACUUCAGUGAGCUUUACAAACUUCAAGAGCAAUGUUUUAAUUAUAAAAGCAGAAGAAACCCAUUAUUUCUCAGCUUUGCAAAAUAGUAUGUACUAUUUCGAGAUGAGAAAACGAUGUACUUUAUGGCAAUAAAAUAUAUAUAUUUAGUGAUUCAAUCACCGAAUACUAAUGGCUCUUUGUUUUAUGUUUGUAUAGCUCCAGUCCUCUCUGCUCAGGAACUCAAAUGACUUAAUUAUGUUUGGUAGCCACGAGUCCAUAAGAUUCUACUUACCAUAAUGGGGAAAUAUAGGAAAAGUAAUUUUAUUUCCUUAAUGGACCCAAAGUAAA